CCGGCCGCCGCGGGCUUGCUCACUUGCCACUCGCCCUCCGGCCGGGAAGCAUGGAGCUGUCCAGGCUCGUCUGCGCCUUUCUGCUCGCCGCCUGCUGCUGCUGUCGCCGUGCCGCGGGUGUGCCUGGAGAGGCGGAGCAGCCCGAGCCUGAGCUGGUAGAGGUGGAAGUAGGCGGCACGGCCCUUCUGAAGUGUGGCCCCUCCCAUUCCCAGGGCAACUUCGGCCAUGUGGACUGGUUUUCUGUCCACAAAGAGAAGCCCACCCUCAUCUUCCGUGUGCACCAGGGCCUGGGCCAGAGCCAGCCUGGGGAGUACCAGCACCGGCUCAGCCUCCAGGACAAAGGGACUACUCUGGCCCUGGCACAUAUCACCCCCCAUGACGAGCGCAUCUUCCUGUGCCAGGGCAAGCGUCCUCAGUCCCAGGAGCACCGCAUCCAGCUCCGUGUGUACAAAGCUCCGGAGGAGCCAAGCAUCCAGGUCAAUGCCGUGGGCAUUUCUGUGAACAGUCAGGAGCCCGAGGAGGUUGCCACCUGUGUGGGGAGGAACGGGUACCCCGUUCCUCAGGUCAUCUGGUACAAGAAUGGCCGGCCCCUCAAGGAGGAGAAGAACCGAGUCCACAUUCAGUCGUCCCAGAUCGUGGAGUCGAGUGGCUUGUACACCUUGCAGAGCGUUCUGAAGGCACAGCUGGUUAAAGAAGACAAAGAUGCCCAGUUUUACUGUGAGCUCAACUACCGGCUGCCCAGCGGGAACCACAUGAAGGAAUCUAAGGAGGUCACUGUCCCUGUUUUCUACCCUGCAGAGAAAGUGUGGUUGGAGGUGGAGCCCGUGGGAAUGCUGAAGGAGGGGGACCGUGUGGAAAUCAGGUGUUUGGCUGAUGGCAACCCCCCACCCCACUUCAGCAUCAGCAAGCAGAACCUCAGCACCAGGGAGAUGGAGGAAGAGACAACGGAUGACAAUGGGAUCCUGGUUUUGGAGCCCGCCCAGAAGGAGCACAGUGGGGUCUAUGAAUGCCACGGCCUGGACUUGGAAACCACAACAUCGCUGCAGAGCGACCAACAGGAGCUGCUGGUGAACUACGUGUCUGAUGUCCGAGUGAGACCUGCAGCCCCUGAGAGCCAGGAGGGCAGCAGUCUCACCCUGACCUGUGAGGCAGAGAGCAACCAGGCCAUUGAGUUCCAGUGGCUGAGAGAAAAGACAGGCAAGCUGCUGCAAAAGGGGCCUGUGCUCCAAUUAUACAACCUGAAACGGGAGGAAGGGGGAGGCUACCGCUGUGUGGCGUCUGUGCCCAGUGUACCCGGGCUGAACCGCACACAGCUGGUCAACGUAGCCGUUUUUGGGUCCCCGUGGAUGACAGUAAAGGAGAGGAAGGUGUGGGUGAAAGAGAACACGGUGCUGAAUCUGUCUUGUGAAGCAUCAGGACAUCCUCGGCCCACCAUCUCCUGGAAUGUUGAUGGCAUGGCAAGUGAACAAGACCAGGAUCCACAGAGUGUCCUGAGCAUCCUGAAUGUCCUUGUGACCCCAGAGCUGUUGGAGACAGGUGCUGAAUGUGUGGCCUCCAACUCCCUGGGCAAAAACACCACCAUCAUUUUCCUGGAGCUGGACUCCAACAGAACCACUGGCCUCAGCACCUCCACUGUCAGUCCUCAUGCCAAAGCCAACAGCACCUCCACAGAGAAAAAGCUGCCAGAGCCUGAAAGCAAGGGUGUGGUCAUCGUGGCUGUGACUGUGUGCAUCCUGGUCCUGGCUGUGCUGGGUGCUGUCCUCUAUUUCUUCUACAAGAAGGGCAAGCUGCCGUGUGGGCGCUCAGGCAAACAAGAGAUCACGCUGCCCCCGUCUCCUAAGAGUGAAUUUGUAGUUGAAGUUAAGUCAGAUAAACUCCCAGAAGAGAUGGGCCUCCUACAGGGCAGCAACGGUGACAAGAGGGCUCCAGGAGACCAGAGUGGGAGCAGGCCCCAUCUUGCCUUCCUAACAGUACUCACAGACGGUAGAGCCAGGGAGAGAAAUACAUCGAUCUGAGGCACUAGCCCACUGAAUCACACCAAGCCCCCUUCCUGCCUGGAACAUGUCCUGUUCCCUGCUCACCCUCCCCCAUCCCCAGGACUCAGGAUGGUCACCAAAGCCUCUAAAGUGGACUACAGAGAAGACCCCUGCUCCAGCUCACCUGCAGAGCCCAUUUCAGAGGGCAGAUGGGCCAGGGCCAGAGCUGUCCUGAGAAGGAGCUCAAGUGGCCCUGGAGGCCCCCUCUUCAGGGACCAGUCCACCACCCUCUCAAUUUGUUGAGUGAUGCUCAUCCCAAGGAUGGGGGCCUCAGUCCCCCAGAAGUGGGUAGGAGAGUUCCUCUUUACCCAUGUCAUGGCUGUAAAUACCCGUCUUCAACCAGCAGCUGAAUUAGGUAGCCUAUUUAUCUUGAGCUGAUUUCCUGCCCCAAAGGCUGGCUUCAUAAUUCAGGUGUAUCACUGAAGUGAGGAUGCACUGAGCCGAAGCCCCUCUCCAUUGGUGAAGUAUGUUGUUCACACUGGUGCUGGAGAGUACCCCAGCAUUAUCUAGAAGCAGUUGACUGCCUGCCUCUCAAGUCCUUUUUGUGACACUUCCUCCUCUGGGCAGAAGCCAGGAAUUCGUGUCAUUCCUUAAAAGAUAUGCUGGGUAUAUCUCAUUCUACCUGCAGUGAGGAAGCUGACACUGUUUUCCAGAGUUAAGACCAUUGAGCCCAACCCCCCUGCAUUCACUUAGCUCCCACUGCCCUCAAGGGAUCAUGUAAGACUGAAAGGUGGGGGUACGGGACAGAGAUGAGGUCCAGACUGUCCUUUAUGGGGAUUACUGUUACAGUUAUACUAGCACGAAAAUUCUACAAACCGAGCUGAUGGGCCUAGACCCUAGCAGAAGGGCCCUAAUGGGAGAAUGGUACUUAGGAUGAGAAACGGGCCUGGCUAAAGCUUUGGGGUGUGUAUGUGUUAUCUGUGUGUGUGUGCGUGUGUGUGUGCGUGUGUGUGUGUGUGUGUGUGUGUGUGUAUGGUUUUGUUAGGCUGUGUGUAAAUUUGCAAACUGUUUCCUUUUUAUAUAUAUAUAUGAAAAAUAAAGCUUAAUUGUCCCAGAAA